AUGUCCCUCAAUGAUAAAAUAUAUAAAUCGAUUCUCCGGGACAUCCUCAAGAUUUUGUUUCCUAACACUAUCAGCAUUAAUACUAUACACACACAUAAUACCGCAGCGAUGAUGAGAAUAGCGAUUGCUGGUGCUGGAGGCUUCGCAGCCAUCCUCACCCAUCACAUCUCUCAAACAGCAAACCCAAUUGUUAUUCUUUCAAGAGAGUCGAAUCCGGACUUUGAACAACGCUUUGAUUGUCAGGUUGCUGUCGUCAAUUAUGAUGAUGAGGAGAGCUUGAAGUUUGCACUUCAAGGUAUUGACCUCGUCAUUUCAACAGUCCGAGGCCCCGAACAGAUCAGCCUUAUCAAGGCCUCUCGUCACGCUCGCGUGCGUCUCUUCGUUCCUGCCGAGUUCGAAGGUUGCCUUUCCCACCGGCCAUCAACAUCAAACCAUCCCCUAGACUAUGGUUCACGCGAAGCUAUCGAGCUGUUGAAGCACUACUCAAAUUCCAAGUCUCGGAAGAUGGACUACACAGUCUUCUCUUGCGGGAUACUGUACGAGCGCUUUGCUCCUGGCGGCCUUGGAGAAUAUGGUAUGGGAUCUCGUGAACAUAUACAAGACCAGGGCAGCUAUCUAGUCGACGUCGGAAACGGCACUGCAGAUAUUGUUGAGACGAACUCAUCCGGGCGGCCAGUUCAGGUCUCCAUGACCUCUGUCAACGAUGUCGCCCGCUUCGUUGCGGCCGCCAUAGAAUUAGGCCCGGGCACCUGGCCCCGGGAAUUCAAGAUGCGUGGAGACAGGAUGUCUGUUCGAGACAUAUUUGCUAAGUGUAGUAAUGUUCGAGGAGUCGCCUUUUCUCUUCGGACUCGCAAGUACUCCAAGCUUCAGAACGAACUCUCUCACUAUGAACAAAAACAGAACUGGAAUCAGUGGUGGAACAUACAGCGUCUCAUUACCACCGCUGACGGCCGCUACGACUUCCGUCAAGCAAAUCUUAAUGAGGCUAUCAACAUACAACCUGUUAACUUUAGGACAUGGCUCGAGUCCCAAUGGGGCCCAGGUUGA